AUGGUAAACAGAGCAUUUAGCGCACCUGGAAAAGCAUUGCUUGUUGGCGGGUACCUUGUAUUGGACCCCCAAUAUCGGUCCUACGUGGUAGCAUUGUCAUCGCGUAUGCAUGCUGUGGUAUCUCAAGCUGCGCCGUGCGAUGAAAAAAGCUUUAAAGUUACUAUCAAAAGCUCUCAGUUCAAUAGUGACGAAUGGAAUUACAUGAUUGCGGGUGAAGCGCCGUUUGAAGUUCGGGAGCUCGAUGGGCGUAAAAACCCCUUUGCUGAAAAAGUUGUCGAAGUUAUAAUGAACUACUGCCAACCUUCUCCUACUGAAACGGGGGACAUAUUGGUUGAAGUAUACUCAGACCCUGGCUACCACUCAGUCGGCACCAGUAUGCUCAAGCGAAACAGCUACAAGGAAUUCCGUUUUCACGACGAAACAAUUACAAAAGUCCCAAAGACAGGGCUUGGUUCCUCAGCUGGGUUAGUAACCGUCCUAGUUUCAGCCCUUUUAUCAAUUUUCAAGCCAAGUCUUAAUGUCAGGGCUGAGAAGGAUUUGGUCACAAUACAUAACCUAUCACAAGUUGCCCAUUGCCAGGCUCAAGGGAAAGUCGGUAGUGGGUUUGAUGUUGCGGCAGCAGUUUUCGGAUCUAUUAUGUACCAGAGAUUUGACCCAGAGCUAAUCAACAAUCUUCCAGCGGCCAAUUCAAUACAUUACGCGCAAGCCCUUCGGAAACUAGUUGAUGAGACAGAUUGGAAAUUUGAACACGAGAACAUUACGCUUCCACCUGGGUUUCGUCUAAUCAUGGGAGACGUCAACAAUGGUUCUGAGACCACCAAGCUUGUCGCAAAAGUGAAAGCGUGGUACGAUUUGAACUACCCUCGAAGCCUCGAUAUAUAUCAAAAAAUCAACGAGGGAAAUGUGAGCUUUAUUGAAGGAAUUGGCAAGCUUGCAAGUUUUUCAAAAGAAUCUCCCUCAGAAUACAACUGUAUGCUUCAAUCUCUAAACUCUGGUGCCGAUUUUGAAACCUAUGAUAUUAUAAAGCAGAUUAGGCAGGCAGUUGACCAAGUUAGAGCAAAAUUUCGCCUCAUCACUGAUGAGUCGGGUGCUGACAUUGAACCACCAGUCCAAACACAGCUUUUGGAUCAAUCUUUGAAUUUGAAAGGCGUCCUCACAGGCAUGGUUCCAGGUGCUGGUGGAUUUGACGCAAUUUCACUCAUCGUUACGGAUAACUCAGAUAUUCCUAGUCAGACUCGAAACGAUGGAAAGUUUUCUUCUGUUACAUGGCUAAAUUUGCGCCAACAAAAUACCGGUGUUAAAGAGGAAAUACCUGAACAUUAUGAUAAGUUUACGUGA